UUGUGCAAUUUCAUUUUACAUUGAUUCAAUUUCUUGUCAUUACAUUGAAUUUUAGUGUGAUCUACCGAUAUCGGCGUCACUUUUAACGAUAAUCAUUGUGCACCGACGAGAAAAUAUCCCACAUCUGUUAAAAUGACUUGAAUACCCUACAACUAUUAAUGGCGAUUUGGGCCCCCCAACGUAGAAAUCCUGGCUUCGUCACUAGUUCCGACCCCACGAUUAUCAUUUUCUGGAUCCGCCAUUGGCUGCCUCCUCCCAUCCGCCGCCGCUGAGAAACCGGAUUUAGCCAUGGCAGUCUGCAGAAACACCACGGACUUCGCCUUCUGCCGCGCGGCCGUCUACUCCGAUCCCCGCGCUCCCAGCACCGACCGCUACGAGCUCAUCGACGUCAUUUUCCGGCUGGCGUAUCGGAACGCGUCCGACACAAGAGGCUACCUCGCCGGCGAGGUGAAAUCGGGCGCCGGUGAGCUGAAGAAAUGCCUCGCUGACUACGACAAGGCGGUUGCGAUCCUGGAGGGGAUGCUCAACGAUUUGAAUUCGGAAUCGUAUUACGAUUUGGAUUCGCGAUCGCUUGAUAUCCAGCGCAGAGUGAGCGACUGCGCGAAGGGAUUGCGCAUCGGCAUCAGGAACCAGAACAUGCUUAAAUUUGCAUAUAUGUGUUAUGCUGUUUCUAAGCUUUUUUAG